CAUCCAUCUUCCAGUAUCUUGCAGUAGACCGCAAGCUGCUAGAGAAGAUCAGGUGUCUGUUGUGGAAUUUAUGUCUAUCAUUAAACGGUUGUGGGUGUGGUGUUUGGGUCUACGUCUCCGCAUACUUUCGGUCUAUGUGCUGUAAACCCGCAGAUUUCUGGGGAAUCGAAGCAGGCGAGCCUUUAAGAACAGAUGACCCGCCCACUGGUGACGUCAGCACAAAUAGGAAGUGGACCGCAUGAACGCGGACGGGCUGUUGUUUGUGGCUGUUUAGUCAAUGACAGGUCAAUAUUGAGCGGUUGAAUGGCAGCUUCGGACAGUCGGCCGUCUCACCGGGAUUUCGAGGGAAACGGAUCAAUUUCAAACGGCGAGGACGUGAGCAAUGUGAGGGAUAGCGCCGUACAGACGGAUGCCAAAGUACAAGGUUAUGGACCUCGACUGUCCAAAGCCAACCUUUUCACAUUGUUGAGUCUAUGGAUGGAACUUUUCCCAAAGAAAGAAGCACAGCAACAAGAAAAUGAUAGCGCUGGAGACUGUGGUCUUGUGGUGGUGCAUGAGCACAUUGUUCUGGGUCUGCAUUGCUCCAGUGCGCAGUUACAUGCAGGACAGGUGGCUGUGGUCAAACAUGGACCCAGGCUGAAGGGAUGUGAUCUCUACUUCUCCCGAAAACCAUGUUCAACCUGUCUCAAGCUGCUUAUUAACGCUGGUGUGAGCAGGAUAUCAUACUGGCCCGGUGAUGCUGAGAUCAGUUUGCUGUCAGGUAGACACGAUCACAUAGACUCCAGUCACCAGGAAGCCAUCUUAGAUGCAACAGCUGCUGAAAGACUGAAAUCCAACAGCAGACCCCACAUCUGUGUGCUCCUGCAGCCUCUGGACUGCACCAUACAGCAGUUUGUGGACGAAACGUCUCAAAGCGGUGACUUUCUUGAAAAGAUUGCUGCGGACAAUCCAUCUCUCGAUGUUAAGGAUAUCUUUCGAAGGGAAUGGUGGAACAACUUAGAUGAUUUUUUGGAGAAGUUCUUUAUAAAUGACGAGGAGCAGCAUAAGUAUGUGCUGAACAAGAUGGGAUUGGAGAACUUUUGUGCAGAACCAAAUUUUAGUAACUUGAGGCAGCACAUGAGGAAUCUUAUUAGGAUUCUGGCAUCAGUCACCGCAAGUGUUCCGGUUCUAGAAGAUUACGGUUUCUUCACUAAAGAGCCUUUAGGGACGGGUUCUCCUGCUUUACCUCAGGAUGUGGUGCGACACUGUAUGAUACAGACCCAAAUACUGACGUGUAGAACAGAGGAUGCUAAAGUUGGAGUUGGUGCUGUUAUUUGGGCUGAGGGAAAACAGUCACAGUGUGAUGGCACGGGUCGGCUUUACCUAGUGGGCUGUGGAUACAACGCCUAUCCAGUGGGCUCACAAUAUGCAGAGUACCCUCAGAUGGAUCACAAACAAGAGGAGAGACAGAACAGGAAAUACAGAUACAUCCUCCAUGCGGAGCAGAAUGCGCUCACAUUCAGGAGUGCAGAGAUAAAGGAAGAGGACAACACAAUACUAUUUGUGAACAAAUGCCCGUGUGACGAGUGUGUUCCUCUGAUCAGCUGCGCUGGAAUAAAGCAGAUCUACACCACAGACCUGGACAGCAACAAAGUCAAACGCGACAUCUCCUACCUCAGGUUUGACAAACUCAACGGCAUCCAGAAGUUCAUUUGGCAACAGAGAUCUGCUAGACAUACGUCAGAACAAGCUGCUCCACACACAGCAAAUGGUUAUAUGAAACGAAAAGAGAAGGAAACUCAUUUUCAUUGCAAUAAGAGACUGAGAUCAUAGAAGACAUUUCAAAAGCUGCUCUGAACAGAUGAUGUUCAAAUGUGAUGAAUACUAUUUUGCUGAAAAACAUUUAACUUGCCAUGCUCAUGCAGCAUGAUUUACUCAGCAUUCUUACCAUUACAACACAACGUAAAAGAGGGAAAAUGUUUUAUUCUUUAUUAGUUUACCAGAACAGCCUGGUAAAAGUUGAAUUCAUUUGAAUUCAUUGUGCAUUUUAGAAAUGGGGUUUGAGUUUAAAGGUUUUAAAAUGCAUACAAUAAUAAAGUUUUUAAAUUUCUUAAAUUGAGAGGAUAAGCAGAACUGUUCGUUAUGUGUUUGCACAAAAUGUAUUACGGUUUAGAUUUGUUCUUAAUGUAAAACGUACAAUAUAUACAAUGUGCAUUUUAUUUAUGUGGGAGAAAAAAAGAGAGGCAACCAUGUUGCUAAUGCUUCAGUUGGUCUUUAUUGAUACGGUACUAUUAGCAUUUCAGAUGGAAACUGCACCUGUGUGUGUAGUAGGAAAAAUUUAAAUUCAAAUUUUGAACAUUUUUUUUGGCAUCUUCAAUGUAACUGCUAACAAAUAUAUUUAAUAAAUUUGGCUUCACGAAAAUA